AUGACUAUGACAACAGUUAUUACGGGGGAGAAAUCAAAACGUUCGAAUGUGAAUGGGUUUGAGGGCAAAAGAGAAAAAAGAAAAUCGUUGAUUAAGGUGACCGGACAUGAUGAUCGGCCUGUCGAGGCAGCCAAGGUAAAGAGCACGGGUCCCAAACACAUCAAUGGUAAAGCUGGUGACAAAGGCCGAUCUUCGUCAACCAUCUGCGGUACCAGGAGGUCAGUGGCGACAAUAACCCCGGUAGGUGAUCAGACGGCGGACCCUAACCUUAAAAUGACGCCGUUAGUGCCGUUCACGCCCCGGACCCGAACCCAACCACGACUGACAUCCACAGACAGCAAGACGUGCACGACCAAGAAGUGGAAGUGCGACGAGGAUAUAGAGGACGAACCGGCGACGGACCCGUCAAAUAGCAUCGGGACGGUAUGGCAAGACUUUACCUUGCCCACGCGACUGCCAAAGUACCAAACGCCAAUAGACCCAGUCACCAAGUUGUUUCUGAAAAUGACGUCCAAAGAUAGAUGGAGAAGAAGGCCGGCCGACAAAUGCACCAAACCUUACUAG